UACAAAGUUCAAAGUACAAAGCAUAGUAGUAACAUAAAUGGCGACAAUGGCGACGCAAGGGCCUUGGCUGAGGAUUGCUUCCGUAUCUCAGCCGAAACCAGUGACGAAAUCAACCGAACUAGGGUUUCUCACUUCUCAACUCAGCGGCGUAAGAAUUUCACAUAGUUACAGUGAUGUCAUCAAUCGUACAGCUUUACCUUCCGCUCCCUCUCUCCAACCCAUCGUCGCUCGAAGAAUCUGCCCUUUUACUGGGAAGAAAGCAAACAGAGCAAACAAAGUGUCUUUCUCUAACCACAAGACAAAGAAGUUGCAAUUCGUCAACUUGCAAUACAAAAAGGUAUGGUGGGAAGCUGGGAAACGUUUUGUCAAACUUCGUUUAUCAACCAAGGCCUUGAAGACCAUUGAGAAAAACGGGAUCGAUGCUGUUGCCAAGAAAGCUGGCAUAGAUCUUCGCAAGAAGUAGAAAAUUGUUAUUUCAAUCUGAUGAGGUAUGUAAUGUGUAGUCGUCUUUUUGGUACCAGUCAUUACCCUUUUCUUUUGCUACUCAACUCGGCAGUUUUUAUGGAUUUUCUUAUCAUACAACCAAUAGUAGAGCUUUGUCCCGUUCUUGGCAUUGUUCGAUUUGUUCAAUCACUUUUUAGGUGGUUAACUGUUUUGUUUGUGAAACAAAUAAUUUUUUCUC